UUACAGUGCCAUUGCCUGAUCUAUUUCUGCCCUGUUAAACGAUAUAAAUAUAAGCGAACAAUAUUCAAUUUCCCAAAAAAGGACAUUGGCCUGGCUGCUUUGUGGGGUGUUACUUUCUUGUACUUUGAUAUUCUCUCACCAGCAAACCUAUGUGUUAAUGGCGAUCAAUUAUGGGACGACGAACAUGGAGGUUUAUUAAAUAAUCAUGCGAUUUCCGAGUGGAUGUCAGAUAUCAGAGAAUUAAUAGAAAAAUUCCAAAUAUUACAUGUUACUUCUGCCAUUGUGAAAACCUGACUGAUUCAUCUGUUACCACUUGUGUUAUAAUAAACUGUUUUGUAAUUGCAGCACACACGUAUAACGUGCAAGCAAUAACGAUCGAUUAGGAAUUCGUUACGAGGUAUGACCGCAAUGUAUUAUCGAUGAAGAAGCUGAAAAAGAAGUCGGAUAACGCGAGAGGCGGGCAAGCGUGCAAGACAGUAGGCGCGACGAAUGCAAGCGGAGAUGCAUCACCCACUCGCGUGUGCAGAGAUUUUCUACGAAACGUGUGUCAUAGAGGCAAACGUUGCAAGUAUUUGCAUGAACGUUCCGAGGAUGACCCUGUAGAAGAAUACACGUUUUGCCAUGACUUUCAAAAUGGGAUGUGCAAUUGGCCUGGUUGCAAAUUCCUUCACUGCACAGAAAGCGAGGAGAAAAGAUUUCGAGCAACGGGGGAAUUACCUGCCCACAUCUUGAACAGGCUCAAGAACAAUAAUGAAAAAUUGGAAUAUCCAAUGUGUAAAGAUUUUAUCAAGGGUAGCUGCCAGAGGACAAAUUGUAAAUUCAGACAUUGGAAGAGUGAGGAACCACAGCAUAAUUUAAUUGCAACGUCUCAUCAUAAUAUGUCUAGGCCGCAACACAAUUUUAACGGUACUAGCAAUGGUGAGAAUCGCAGAUAUGAGGAGGAUAGAAAUUUUCAUUGGCAAAUGGAAGAUCAACACAAUUUAGUCACAAAUAAUGGUUACAAUGCAUCAUCACAUCCACCUGAUUAUAUAGGACCUCCUGAACCAAAGAGACGAAUAGUUUCUGGUGAAACUGUUGUUCAUUUUGAAGCUUCGCCGCUCGUGGGCCAGCAUACUGCUCAACCGGUCACUCCAGGAUAUUAUUAUCCAGUGAUACCACGUAAUGAAGCUAGAGCAAUUGUUUUAGAGGAUGAAAAUGCAUUAUUGAGAAAGAAGAUAGAGGAAUUAAAAAAGCAAGUUAGCGAUCUAACAGCAACUAAUGAGUUUCUUCUGGAUCAAAAUGCUCAGUUGAGAAUGUCAGGGAAACGAACUGCAAAUGUAACGGCUGUUACAGUUCCAGCAGUUACUAUCACAAACACUGUCCCACCAUCGCAAGCUCCAACACCUCAACAAAUGGUUAAUGCAGCGGUAGCUGCUGGUACUUUACGUACAGUUACUGCAAGUGUUGCGACCGUUCCUGUAAGUAUAGCCACAGUUGCACCUGUUUCCAUUGCAGCAGUUUCAAUGGCACCAGUAUCAAUCCCGCCACCCAUUGUUACGAUGGCUCAGCAAACGAUUACAAUGAGCGGUUCAGGUCCUCAGGCAACUAAUCAACAACCACCUAAUACGCAGCAACCUGCUAGCUUACCUCUCUCGAUAUCUGGUGCUACUGCACCGUUGGUUUCGUAUCCUAUUAUGACUCAAGAACUUAGGCCCGUAUUGCAGUAAACAAAUUAUAGACACGAAAGGAACAUCAAAUAAUACCUCAAGCACAUAAGCAAGUUAAGAAUGCUUUCUUCUGCAUUCAGUCUUUCAAGAUAAUAUUGUAUUUCUUGGAGUAUAAGUGAUGAAUGCGAAAAAAAAAUUAGAAGAAAUAUUUACAGAUGAUAAAAAAAUGUUCUUUAAAAAAAUACAAUGUUGAAAAUAUCAUUAAAUAUAAUUAAAGAACGCGAUAUCCUAGAUAUUUAUAUAGGAACUCGUAGAAAUUAUCGUACAGGAAAAACGUAACGAUCAUAACUGUUUUUUAGCAGUAUGGCUUAUUGUGGUUCAUUAAGUUCAGAGUUUUCAUUCCUUUCAAUAAUUCGUUUUGCAAAAAAGGUGAACAUUGAUUACAUUAAUAUGUUAAUAGCAUAAAUGUUCAAAGCGUGUAUAGAUUUAGAUUAAUAAGAAUACUAAUCUAAAAUUGAAUGAUCAAGAAUGAUAUUCUCCUAUUCUUUUUUUAACAAUGUAAUAUCACGAAGAUACAAAUAAUUUUGUAAGUAAUUUUUUGUAUCAUUAAAAAGAUAAUCUGAUACGAUUAAAAAAAAAAAUUGUAAAUUAAAGAAAAUAUAGGUAAGAAAUGACUCAUUUAGACUAAUAUGUUAAGAUAAGUACAAAACUAGGAUGAAACAUGUAAAUGAAUUGUAUCGAAAGUUCAACGUUAAGGUUUACCACUGCUCUAAAAAUGAUGGUGAAUCUUACGACUGUUCUGUACGCACUGCUGUAAAUAGUAUUUUGUUGCUUCCUCAUUUUCUCGGAAAGAAUUUUUAUACUUCCAUCUUUUUAAAAUAUAAGUUAGCUACUCUUAUAAACUAGUGAUAUUUUAAUCAAUUAAGUACUUAUUGUGGUCUUUUGUGUUUUUACAAUUUUACUUAAGUAAAUGGCUUUAGGUUUAGGUGAUGGAAAGUAAAGACCAUGAAUUUAAUCCUGAUCCAUAAAUGUAAGAAUCAGGUACACAGAUAAUGUAAUAUGCAUCCCAUAAACCAAAUAAACGUGUAUAUGUUUUCAAGUCAUGUUAUCAUGAGCCGAUACAUGUGUAUAUAUUUUACGUAAUUAGUAUAAGAGAUUGAGCAAUAAGUACUCGUGUAUUUUAUAUAUGCAUACAAAUGUAUAAUCUUUUAUGUAUAACUUUAUGUUAAUAAGCACUUCAUUAAAAAGAUACAUCUUUAAAUUCUUUAGAAGUAGUACUCAUAUUAUAUUUAUUUGCAUUGAAAUUGAAAAUUUUAUAUGUUUAUUAUGGUAAAAUUUUAUUUUUUUCUUAAUAUUUUAUUUUAUUCUAAAAAAUUAUAAAAAAAUAUCUUAUAUAGUCUCUUAUUU